AUCAUCGCCCAAUAUUGUUGUGACUGGGGUUGGGGUGGACUAGGGCAGCAUAGCCUCCCCCGACAUCAUGGUACAUAUGUUGAAAGACAAUGGAUUCAAGAAGGUAAAAUUGUUCGAUCGAGUCGGAUUCUUACACCGUGAGCAAGAGCAACAUGACGGGACGGUGGUCAAGAGCAACAUGACGCGGGGGGAACUGUCUGUUCCCGAUUCAGAUUUCGAGCGACGGACAGAGGAUCAGCGGCCACCGACCGUGGUAGAUUAGUUGCGGGCCUCCUGGCGUUGUUGUUCACGUUGUAAGGGUCCAAAGAGACCAAGACGACGACAUCGUUAAUUGAUACAUCUUUAGGCGUAAUUGUUUUGUUGGUUGGAGCAAUGCAAUGCAAUGCAAAGUGAUAUCAAUUUCGACAUGAGUGGAUCUGUCUUGACAUUUAUGGGUCGUCCGAUCUCGCAUCUCAUCCAAGCGUUGUUGUUGAAUUUGUACGUCUACUGUCUACAGAAUCUAACCCCUACUUGGCAGUUGGCUCUCUUUGUGGAAACUGGAAGAGAGGCAGAGAAAGAGAGGAAUCAAAUAGGUAAGGUAGCGAGGUAGGUAACUCCGAAGCUUUGGCGGGGGUCACGUUAUUCGCAAAGCCCUGUUUUUGUUUCUUUGUGGCCAACAAAUUCCCCCUACAGAAGAGAAAGGACGGCCAGUAACGUCGCCUUCUUCCUCUUCUUCUUCUUCCCCACACAGUACUCGCUACUCAGUAUUCACAAGCAAGUUCAUAUAUUGUGAACUGCCUCGCCAUUUUUUAUACAGGCGAAGGCCGCAGCCUCACGCUUUCAGACGGAAUCUCCUUUCCCGUUUCGUCAGCUCUUUCAGGUUGUUCAUCCGAUUCCCCCUCAUUUCUUUUGCUGCUGCGAUGGGGAAUCUGCUCUAGUUUCUCUUGUUUGUUUCUCUGCUCCAGUUUUUGUGGGAUUUGGGUUGUUGUUCUUUUUUUGGUUUUGUUCUAUCGAGCCUGUGCUCUUUAUCAAGUUUUGACUUGAGCUUUUUGCUUUUGCAUUUCGAUUGAGUUUGGGUGGUUUGAUCCGAAAGAAAGUUGCAGUCUUUUUUUUUCUGGUUUUCUAGCUGUUCAUUUGUAUUCUUGCUUUGUGGUUAUGUUCCUGACCAUCCUGUUCAUUCUAGCAAGUCAAUAACUCAGAUUUGUACUCUUCUGAUCACCAGGGGUAGGUUUUUCGACCAUUAAAACUGCCUUCUGAUCCGAAAAGGGAGGAAAAAAAGAAAUGGAUAAAGCUAAUGAGAGAGCCAGUGGGUUGCUAGGCAGAUUAAGUGGUUUCAUGAGGAGUUGCCUCUUCAAGGUCCUCUGCAUGGGUCCAAUCCCAACUCAUUUCUCCUUCAUAAUGGAUGGCAACCGCCGUUAUGCCAAGAAGAUGGACAUGGGGGAAGGAGCUGGUCACAGGGCAGGGUUCUUCGCUCUGGUCUCGGUGCUCAAAUACUGCUACGAAGUUGGAGUGAAGUACAUCUCCGUCUAUGCCUUCAGCAUCGACAACUUCAAGAGGCGCCCCGAGGAAGUCAAGACCAUAAUGGACUUGAUCCUGGAGAAGACCGAGGGGCUUCUCGAGGAAGGCAGCAUUGCAGACCAGUACGGCGUGAGGGUUUACUUUGUUGGCAACUUGAAGCUGUUGAGCGAGCAAGUGAGGGUUGCAGCGGAGAAAGUUAUGGAGGCUACUGCACAUAACACCAGGUGUGUGCUCUUGAUCUGCAUAGCAUACACUUCUUGCGAUGAGAUUGUGAAUUCGGUUAGGGAGUGUUGUAAGGAUAAGAUGGAGGAGAUUGAAGACGAAGAGGGCGAUGAUGGUAGGGUGGUGAAUGAGCAUUCGGCUAUACAGUUGGUGGACAUUGAGAAGCACAUGUAUAUGGGAGUAGCUCCUGACCCUGAUAUCUUGUUGAGGAGUUCUGGGGAGAAGAGGUUGAGCAAUUAUCAGCUAUGGCAGACGACUCAUUGCACGUUGUAUUCGCCCACAGCACUGUGGCCUGAGAUUAGUCUGUUGCAUGUGGUAUGGGGAAUACUGAAGUUCCAACGUAGUUAUGCCUACUUCGAAAAGAAGAAGAAGAUGUUAUAAGAUUAUGGAAGGCCCAGAGAGAGGGGGGAGGGUCACCUAAUUGUGUUGUAAGCUUGUUCAAAAAGCUUUGUUGCUUCUUUACAGGUAAAAGAGUGCUCAUGGUUUGCAUUCUGCAUAUAGACAGUUUCUAUAGAUGACCACUGAAUCAUGGUUGAGUUGAAGUUAUAUAUAUAUAUGUGAUGAUAAUAACAUCUGUGGUCCUAUGCUUAUAUUGUAAUAAUGGCGCAGAUGAUUUAAGGUAUCAAAUUGAGAUUUGGUUUCUGCUCAGCUUCCAGUUUUUUGUAGCCAUUCUGGAUUGUUCAAUUCUCUCAUUUGAUCAUUUGGCUUCAUUUUUAACCUUCUCCUGAUGGCUUCUAGUCCGUUAAUAUAGCUCAACUUUGAGG